AUGGCUGAUUGCGAUGCCCUCGUAACGCCAUCAGGUCGGCACGUGUCACUGAGACAGAUGCAAGACGUUGGUGCGAACAACUCGCCAAGCUCACGCAAGGAGAACGAGCCAUCAGCACGUGAGAGCUGUUUACCUGAGGAGUACAGAUCUUUUGUGGAACGUUCAAAGGAGAAAGAUCUUCUGAGAAAAGAAGCACAAGAAGCAGCUGCCAAAUUGUACAAGAAAGAGCUAGAGACGGUGGAAUUGAACCACGAGAAGGCUUUGAGGCACCUAAAGCUCGAAUACAGUCUCCAGGUCGAUGGUCUCACGAAACAGAAGCAGGAGCUGCAGACUACGAUUCACGCUUGCGGCACGCUGUUUGGAGAAAUGCGCGACAAGAAUACGGCAGAGAUCCAGGAACUUACUCAAGCUAUGCAGCUACUUUGGAGUGAGCUGUAUGCCAAGGACAAGGAGCUCAAGGUCAUGUAUGACGCGUACGAUGAACAGGUCAAGGUACUCGAGCAUGAGAGGGCGGAAUUACCAACCAAGCUAGCCAAAGCCGCGAAGGAAGCGCUCGCUCUUCAGUCCAACGCAAAGCCAACCAACGAGGCUGUUGCUACCAAAGCCGCUGCAUCCGUACCUCCGCAUCUCAGAGGCAACCCACAACGCUUCGCACCCUGCAGCCAGUGCAUGCGCCACAACUGGGAAUGCGAUGGCGGAGCUCACUGCAAGAACUGUUCGAUGCGAGGCAUUACAAAGGGAUGCAAGCGAGUCGCGUGCAGGCACUACAACAAAGGCCUGUGCAAGAACGAAAACUGCCGCUUUGCACACGCAGGAGAUGGAUACAAGAACAUCGUAUCGUAUGAAGCUGUAUGGGGUGACGGGCGCGAGUUGAGUCCAGUCGAGCUUCAGAAGAAGGGACACAAGGGAGGAUGGAAGCCGGCAUGGUCUUGA